AUGGAUUUAGUUUCAGCUUGCUUCACCAUCCAUCAAGUUGCAGUUUAUCAUAUUGGUAGGGCAGAGGUGAACAAGAUGAAGGUAGUGUUAAAAGUAGAGCUGCGACCUUCACGGGUUCGACGAGGCGAGGAGAUCAAUAUCUAUUACAAUGAAUUCCUCCAACAAGGGUUUCCGGACUUCAAGACAGAAUUGUUGCUCCAUCAGUGGAGUCAUUAUUGUCACAUCUUCACUUUGGGACAUUACCGAGCCUUCGUUGAUGGCGCUGAGUUCAUACAAGGGCCACUGAGAACGGAGGAAGUAUUGCUUUCACUCAAUUCUACCCUUAUCCUGGGUCAAGACCAAGACACGUUAGGAGGUGGCUUUGAAAAGGAUCAGGUAUUCCGUGGUCAUAUCGCUCAGGUCAACAUCUGGAACAGGAGUUUAAAUCAGACUGAAGUAGAGGAGAUAGCAAAGUGUAGAAAGCUUGGUAGUGGGAAUGUCUUUUCCUCAGAUACGGAUGAAGUUGAAGUAUUUGGUGCAACUGUCUCGCAAGAAAAGCUCUCCAUAUUGUGCCAGAAAACAAAUGACUUUGUUAUCUUCCCUGAGAAUCGAAAUCACAAAGAAUCUCUUAUUUUGUGUCAGCGACUCGGCAGUGACAUGUUUGGUCCAUCAUCACGUGAUGAAAACACACAACUGUUCAACAAAUCUUCACUAUUUAAAGACGUGUGCACAUCAGGUCUUAUCCUCUGGGUCGGAUUAACAGAUGAAGACGAGGAAGGAGUAUGGCGGAAGAUUUCUAACAAUGAAACAGUUAAAGAGGUACAGUUUAAUCAUAGACAGCCCAACGGAAACACGACUGAGAAUUGUGCCUAUAUGAACCGAGAUAAUGGACUUCUCAAUGAUGCAAUGUGUUCAUUAGACUACGAGACCUGCGUACCAUGCAUCAAGAACCUAAACCGCACUCUUCGGUUGAGAG